CGGGAUGGCGGCUCUGAGGAGUUGGUUGUCACGGAGCGUAACCACCUUGCUCAGGUACAGACAGUGUGUUCCUGUGGUGGUUAACUCCAAGAGACGCUGCUUCGCGGAAUUGGAGGAAGAUGAAGUAUGGCAGGUGAUCAUAGGUGCCAGAGUUGAGAUGACUUCAAAACAACAGGAAUACUUAAAGCUAGAAACCACCUGGAUGACUGCAGUUGGUCUCUCAGAGAUGGCAGCAGAAGCCGCAUACCAAACUGGAGCAGACCAGGCCUCUGUAACUGCUAGGAAUCACAACCAGCUGGUGAAGUCACAGGUGCAGGAGGUGCGCCAGCUCUCCCCAAAAGCAGAAACCAAACUGGCAGAAGUGCAGACACAAGAGCUGCAUCAGAAGACACAGGAGGUAGGGGACGAGAGGGCCAACCAGAAGCAGGAGGUCUACCUGCGGGAAGACUGAGGGCCUGAGCCAGCCGCCAUCUACCCACCCCGUGGGGAAAGCAGGGGUGGAUGCCACGUGCUCAGCACCGGCACAACUCUACACAGAGAAGACACCACUGAUCCUGCACUGGCCGGUCAAGCCAGAAACCUUUGUGAGCUCAGUGCCUGGCCCUUCCCUGUAGUCUCUGCUUUUCCUGGACCUCGUUCUUAGCCCUGGGGCACUGUACCCUGUUUAACAUUUCACACACACCCCAAAAACAUCCCACAGCACAGCUGCUCUCUCUGGCUGAUCUUACCUCACACCUCAAGCAUUUCAUCAACCUGGGCCAGAGAGGGGGUCCUUUCUGUCACACCCUCAAGUUCAAUAGCUGUUUAACCUCAGUUUUUAAUCUUGUUCAGAUUUUCAAAUAUGAUUUAGUAUUUGCUCCCUCCAUAGGGAUGAGAGUUGGGGAAGGGGGAGCCUAUCUAGUUUUUAAGCUUUCUCUUUAAGUGUUUAUGUAAUACCUUCUUUAAUCUAGCCCCUUGGCCCUGUGAGAUAGCUCAGGUCGAGGCAUUGAGUCUGCUAUUAAGGAAGGAAUGCAAUGUCACCUGGUGCUUUCAACAGGACUUAACUCUUA